AUGAACGGAAUGAAUUAAAGAACGGGUUUGAGCGGCGAAGAUGGAGUCUACUCAGCAUCUCGCCAGUGUUUCCUUCCUGCGUCCAAUACCAUGCCUGCCAGAGCGUGAUUGCUCCCAAAUAAGACCAUCAUUCUUACUUGUAUAGUUGAGUCGGAAGUGCCUCGAUGUUCCUGGUGACAAAGACGGGACGGUGAGCAAUUUCAGGGGCGUGGUCGCCAGGAUGGAUGCGGCCCGGGGUUCAGGUAUAGCAAUGGGAUACAAUUCCGCGGUUGAGAAGCUAAGAGAAAUCGAGUAUCCCAUGCUCAACGGUUCUGUUUAUCUCGACCAUGCCGGAACAACCUUGUAUCCCAAGUCCCUUGUGGACGAGUUUGCCGCCGAGAUGACAAGCAGUCUUCUCGGAAAUCCGCACUCGACAUCACCUUCGUCUCAACUGUCUACGGCUCGUAUUGAGGAUACUCGGCUGCGGGCCCUUCAGUUCUUUAAUGCUGACCCGGAAGACUUCGAUCUCGUCUUUGUGGCGAAUGCCACGGCUGGCAUCAAGCUCGUGACUGAGGCGUUGAGGGCUGUCCCUGGAGGUUUCGGAUAUGCGUACCAUCAGUCAGCUCACACAAGUCUGGUUGGCGUACGUGAAGAGGCUCGGACUAGCAUUUGCCUGGACGACGCCACGGUUGGGGAGUGGCUGGCUGGCCGGAGGCCCUUUCGGUCUGAGGCGGAGAGCAUUCCUACCACGCUUUUCGCAUACGCUGCGCAGUCGAAUAUGGAUGGUCGGAGAUAUCCAUUAGAUUGGCCGCAACGCCUCAGAAACCUCGAUUGGCCAUCCGACACCUCCUUUUUUACGAUCCUAGAUGCUGCUGCUCUCGCACCAGCCGCGCCCCUGGAUCUCAGCAACCCAGACGCAGCUGCAGACUUUACGGUGCUUAGCUUCUCGAAGAUAUUUGGGUUUCCAGACCUUGGGGCUUUGAUAGUGAGACGGCAGGCGUUUCCCAUCUUCGAUUCAAGGAAAUACUUCGGCGGCGGUACUGUAGAGACAGUGGUCACCAACAAAGAGCAAUGGCAUGCUCCCAAGACUCAUCGACUACACGAGCGCCUCGAAGACGGCACACUGCCUAUCCACAGCAUCAUGGCCCUGGAUAUAGCGAUGCGCACUCACCGGAGGUUAUUUGGUUCAAUGUUUGCCGUGGCAUCUCAUGUCUCAUACUUGACGCGGCGUCUACACGAAGGCCUCAAACAUCUGCGUCACCACAAUGGCGUCCCCGUGUGCCAAAUCUAUUCGCCGGAUCAAGGUUUGGAUGAGGCCCUCUCAUCUGGGCCCACCAUAGCAUUCAAUAUACGCAAUCAGGCCGGAGCUUGGAUCAGCCUCGCCGAGGUCGAAAAGUUGGCGGGCCUGAAGAAUUUCCAUAUUCGAACUGGAGGAGUGUGCAACCCCGGUGGGAUCGCUUCUGCUUUGGAUCUUGAACCUUGGGAAAUAAAAAGGAAUUUCUCUGCUGGUUUCCGUUGCGGAUCUGAAAACGACAUUAUUGCAGGCAAACCGAACGGUAUUAUAAGGGCUAGUCUUGGUGCAAUGAGCAUUAUUGCUGAUGUCGAUGCAUUUGUGGCAUUCAUCGCAGAGUUCUAUUGCGAGCAGACUUCACUUGAUGAGGUGCCGCGAGACACAAAGCCCUCCCGGACGGAGUCACAGCACGACCUGUUCGUUGCUGGCAUCACCGUAUAUCCUAUCAAAAGCUGCGGCGGAUUCAUCGUUCCGCCUAACACAGCCUGGGAAGUGCGACCUGAGGGCCUAUUGUGGGACCGCGAGUGGUGUCUGCUACAUAGAGGGUCCGGCCAAGCCUUGAGCCAAAAGCGUUACCCCAGAAUGGCCCUCGUCAAGCCAUUCCUGGACUUCGAGACCGGGCAGCUGCGUGUAACAUAUACUGAUAGGCUGUCAGAUCAGAGUCAGCCUCGAACAGUAUGCGUACCCUUGAGCUCCAACCCGGCCUUAUUCCAUAAAUCAUUGUCAACAGCAUCAUCAUCGCACCGGCCGCUUUUGUCCCGUGUAUGUGGCGAAGAAAUCAGCGCCAAAACUUACAUCUCGGAAGAGAUCAACAACUUCUUCUCUGAAGUGCUAGAUGUUCCGUGUGUAUUGGCGCGCUUUCCGCCGGGAGGACAGACUGCCAAUAAAAGCGCACGACAUUCGAAGGCGCACCUGCAAAAGCAUCAGAAGAAUCACGCUGGCCGGGACAAUAGUUAUGAAAGCAAUCAUCUGCCAACCAUACCAGCUAUCACUCCGCCCUCGCCUCCAGACUCCGACGCUGAGCAAAAUGAUAGGCGGAAGAUCUUGCUCUCAAACGAGUCGCCUAUUCUAGCCAUCAACACGGCCAGCUUGCGAGCUCUCAACAACGAAAUCGUUCAGAAUGGAGGCAACCCGGUUCCACCUUCGGUCUUUAGAGCAAAUAUCAUACUUGAUUCGCCCGGCAACACUAACGAUGGUCUCGAUCUUGCUUACGAGGAAGACAAUUGGUGCAAGAUCCAAAUAGGACAUCAAGACUUCAAGAUGCUUGGCUCAUGCCGCCGGUGCCACAUGGUUUGUAUCAACCAAGAUACCGCGGACAAGAGCCAAGAGCCUUUCGUCACGCUAUCGAAGACGAGGAGAUUCGAUGGCAAGAUUUUCUUCGGGACGCAUAUGUGCCACGUCCCUCAGAAAAGCCAGACGUUGGCGGCUUCGACCCGGGAGUCGCAACAUCCGACUGUGGCAGUAGGUGAUCGAGUGGUUGUGGAUUAAGCCGAGAGGCUCAUACAGCCAGAUAUAGAGAGCAAAACGCGCACUCCAACUUCACGAUUCUCAAUCAAGGUUAUAGGACCGUAUAGACGAUAGCAUACUUUGUGCCUGUUGACCCCCGACACCUUAUGCAUGCCGGGCUCAAGUGACAUUGGAGACUCACACCUGUCCUACUGCGGAAGCAUCAACUAGUGACCACUGCUGUCUAAGCUCACUCGCUCAUCGUCUAUUCGUAUUCAUCAAAGAGUUGUGGGCCAGGUGACCACCUUUCGCACCGUCACAUGUGCCAGCUGACGCUACUUUUGAAAGCCUUUAGUCUGUCAGUUGCUCGCGGAUCUCCAUGCUUCCUUCAAC